AUGGCAGCCAAGGCCCCUAUCAUACUCAUCUUCGGCGCGGGCCCUAACAUCGGCCAGUCCGUCGCUCGCAAAUUUGCCUCGGAAGGUUACAAGGUCGCCCUCGCCGCUCGCUCUCUGGAGGAAGGCAAUAGCACUGAGAAGCAACUGAUCAUCCCCAGCGACAUCUCUAAGACCGAAGACAUAGUCAAUGCUUUCGCCAAAGUGAAGGAGGUAUUUGGUAUCCCUAGUGUCGUCGUCUACAAUGUUAGCGCUGUAACCUUCACACCUGCCGACGACCCUUUCGCUAUCACUCUUGCCGACCUUAGUCGCGAUACGACUAUCAACGUUCACAGCGCCUUCGUCGCCGCCCAACAAGCCGUCUUGGGCUUUUCACAGCUUCCAUCGUCAGCCGCAAGGACCUUCAUUUAUACUGGAAACUUCUUAAACGUUGGCAUUAUCCCGAAGUUUGUCACCCAGGGUAUUGGGAAGUCUGGUGCAGCUCACAUGAUCUGGUCUGCUUCGGACGCGUACAAAGAUCGUGGAUAUAAAUUCUACUAUGCCGAUGAACGGAAGGCAGACGGAACGCCCAAGUACCGUGUCGAUGGUGGCGCACAUGCUGAUCUGUACUGGGAACUGGCACAUGGUGAAACGCAGGGCCCGUGGUUGCAGACAUUUGUUCAUGGGCAGGGAUAUAAGCGGUUUGAUGACUUAUAUACGCCUCUUGCCUGA